AAGCGACUAGAUCUUUCUUCAUCGUCACACGGAUUUGACUCACCUUUUUAGUGCCACAUAAAUUACCUGCGAGUUCUUUUUGACCAUUAAGUACCAUUUUUUAAUUAUUCGUUUAUGUAGCAAGAGGCCUACGUGAUUAUAUAACGUCUUAGUGAGCAGUCAUGAAUCGUCUUUUUGGUCGUGGUAAACCCAAGGAACCCCCUCCAAAUCUUCAGGAUUGCAUUGGAAAUGUCGACAGUAGGGCAGACUCUAUUGAAAAGAAAAUUUCUAGAUUGGAUGCUGAACUCGUGAAGUACAAAGACCAGAUGAAAAAGAUGCGAGAGGGUCCUGCUAAAAAUGCAGUGAAACAAAAAGCAUUACGUGUCUUAAAACAGAAGAAAAUGUAUGAACAGCAGGCAUCAAAUUUGCGAAACCAGAGCUUCAAUAUGGAGCAAGCCAAUUACGCUACACAGACUCUUAAGGAUACUAAAACAACUGUCAAUGCCAUGAAACUUGGAGUAAAGGAAAUGAAAAAAGAAUUUAAGAAGAUUGAUAUUGAUGAAAUUGAAGAUAUUCAGGAUGACAUGGCAGAUAUGCUGGAACAGGCAGAUGAAGUACAGGAUGCUCUAGGUCGCAGCUAUGGCAUGCCUGAUAUUGAUGAAGAUGAUCUGGCAGCAGAGUUGGAUGCACUUGGUGAUGAGGUUCUCCUGGAUGAAGAUUCAUCAUACUUAGACGAUGCUAUUAAUAUCCCGAAUGCUCCAGAAAAAGAACCAGGAGCAGAAACUGUGAAAGAUGGCAUGCCAGUAGAUGAAUUUGGCCUACCACAAAUGACCUCUUAGGACCAGCAAGAAAAAAAUGCAUAGAAGAAUGUAAUAGAAAAAAUACACUGAAGAAAAUGAAAGGUCAACAAAUUAUUUGUGAUUAGCAAUACAUGGGGGGAAAACAAAAUUCUGAAUUUAUAAAAGCUGGACAGUGAAAGUUAUGUCAUACAGUAUAUGAUUUAAUUAUCGAAGCUGAGUGGCUAACCAUUGCAAAUUAUUGUAUACUCUGUGGACUUAAUGUAAAUGAAAAGCAUUAUUUUAAGUUACAGUUGCUAAUGGUCAGCUUUUUGCAUGGCAAGAUUUGUAUCAAAUAGCUUUUAUGCCAAUUUAAAUGCAUCAUAUAUGGGUUGAGCAUUUAGUAAUUUCAAAAGAGACCCUGAGUCUUUCCUCACCAAAGUAGAAGCCACCGUCAUAUUGCAUGAAUGGUAUAUAAUGUUAACUACAUUGUGAUUGUUCCAGUUAAUCUUUUUGAAACAACUGACAGUCUAAAUUUGAAGUGUUUUGAGCAAAUAUAGGGAAACUCUUUUCAGAAAAACUACUGCAAAUUACAAAUUUAACAGUUGUAUAAUGUAAUUAAAGCUCAGUUGAACUAGUUAAUUGUCAGUACAACUAACUAUUCUCUACGGUGUUGGUUAAUUCCCAUUAAAUAUAGUAUAAUUGCCUUGGUAUUGCUGUGCUGCAUUUAUAGAAAAUCUGCUCUUCUUUUUUCAUUGAUUUUAGGAUGUAUAUAUAGAAGGUUUUGGAAUACACAGGAAUAUCUGGAGUAAUAUACAUAUACUUAAUAUUGGUGUAUAAUGUGGGAAGUCAACACCGUCUAAAGUUCUUCUACCAGAACUUAUCAGAAAACAGUGAUGUAUUGAGAAAUGUUGUAUGUUCAUUGUUUAUAAUGGUAUGAUACAUUUUGAUGGGAGCAAGGGGCUAGUAACCCCUUCUCCUGCUUACAUUACUGAAGUUAAAAAGAGAAACUUUUGUUUUUCUUUUUGGGCCGCCCUGCCUCAGUGGGGUACAGCCGGUUUGCUGAAAGAAGACACAUUUUUAUUAUUACAAGCACUUGUAAUUACCUAUUUGUUUUAAUGUUUUUCUAUGUUUAUUUUGGGUAUACUUGAAUACUGUAUUUUCUUUCUUGGAAGUACUUUGUCAAGUUAGCAGUUCCUAUUUGAAUUUUAGAGUUUAUUCACACUACUCAUAUUUACAAAUCUUUAUUAAAUACACUAUAUUAAAUAUAAAAAUACAUGUAUCAUAAAUUGUUUAUUAUAAUAUUUUGUUCCUGUACCCAGAAUGUAACUGGAUUUAUGGAACAUUUCUUUUUAUAAACAUUCUGUAAACAAGGUUUUCUUAAUUACUGGCCUAGUACACUAAUCUGCAGUAGCAAUUAUAGUAUAUAAUGCCCAGUAAGGUCUUUUUUUUAAGCUCGAGAGUGGCAAUGGUGUUGUAAGAACAAAUUUCUCACUACACUAGAUUUCACUUUGCUCAGUCAUGGCUUCAGACACAUUUUUUAACAUGCUUCACUUGAUACUGAGAAAUUUGCUAUAUGUAAUAAUAAUUUGGUGAUAAGCAAAAGUUACUUUGAAUUUUUUGAAAGUGCAAAAGGGCAAGAGGUUUUGCUGGGCUUUCAUUUAUUGGCAGACAAAUGGUGUUGAUGCUGUUCCAUGUAUGAAAAUAAAUAAUGCCUUAUGACUUAUCUGUAUUACUUAGGUACAUGUAGGUCUAUAUUGUAUAUGUUAUAUUUUUAAGGAAAAUGUGUGUUUUAUUUGUACUUGUGAUAUCUUAAUGAAUAUGAAUACUGUAAUUUAUGUGAAUUAUUAGAUACAGAAGCCUGUAUUAUGAAGGUGGGUGGGGCAUGGCAGUUCAGUGCAUCAUUGUUGGAUUGUGAUGUUACUGACCUGAAAAGACAGCUAGGUAGUGAGUGAUGGUGAACAUUUUAUUUGUUUUCUUUAGGUCACUCUGCCUUGGUGAGGUACUUACAUAUGUACAUACAUACAUAUGUACAUACAUACAUAUUGUACACUGCUAUUGUAUGCUGUACCUUAUAAUAAAAGUAAGAUUGAAA